CUCUUCAGUUUUACCAUCAGAGCUCUGAAGCAGAAUCUAAUAGAGAAAUAGAGGAGAGGGAGGUCAACAUGGGCUCCAGCUCCUCCUCAUAUGCCCCCAAAACCAUUUACCUGGACGUGGACGGGAAGGUGCAAAAGGUGGUGUUCAGCCGACACUGCAGUCCAUGCGACAUCAAGGAGCUCCUGUGUUCCUCGUCCAACAUCCCCAGGAACACAGCCAUCAUGAUGGUGGAUCCAGAAGGCGCCUUAGUGUCCAUUGAUCCCACCAUGCCCACCAACUCUCCAAACUCCUUGUACAAAGUUGUGCCUUUAUCUACCGGUCAGCUUGGAGAAAAAGAGGACAUGUUUCAGAAUGUGUUGUCCCAGGUGGCUGACCAGUUCAGCAGAGCCUUUCGCAUUAAUGAGUUGAAAACCGAGGUCACCAACAGGCUCGCAAUGCUGGAGAAGAGAGUGGAGUUGGAGGGAUUAAAAGUGGUGGAGAUUGAGAAGUGCAAAAAUGACCUGAAGAAACUGCGGGAUGAGAUGACUUCAAGAGGCGGUGGCAGGGUAAAUUGUCCGUGCAAAUACAACUUCUCAGAUGAUGGGAAGAAGGUCACCCCUCGACGAGAUGUCCCAAAUUACCCAAAGUACACACUCUCUCAGGAGACUGUGGAGGCCCUGAAGAAGCCAACGUUUGACGUGUGGCACUGGGAACACAACGAGAUGCUGAGCUGUCUGGAAUACAUGUACCACGACCUGGGACUGGUGAAGGAAUUCAACAUGAACCCCAUCACACUUAAACGAUGGCUGCUGGCGAUUCAGGAGAACUACCGUAACAACCCUUUCCACAACUUCCGCCACUGCUUCUGUGUCAGUCAGAUGAUGUAUGGCAUGAUUCACCUCUGCAACCUACAGGAAAAGAUGACUCUCACCGACAUGGGAAUUUUAAUGACAGCCGCGGUGUGCCAUGACCUGGACCACCCCGGCUACAACAACACGUACCAAAUCAAUGCUCGCACGGAGCUGGCGGUACGCUACAACGACAUCUCCCCGCUGGAAAACCACCACUGCGCCGUGGCCUUCCAGAUCCUCUCUCUUCCAGAGUGCAACAUCUUUGCAAAUGUGGAUCCCGAAGCUUUUAAACAAAUACGACAAGCAAUCAUCACGCUCAUCCUGGCCACUGACAUGGCCCGACAUGGGGAGAUACUAGACUCCUUCAAGCAAAAAGUGGAUAACUUUGACUUCACCAAUGAAGAGCAUGUAACCUGUCUGAAGAUGGUUCUGAUCAAGUGCUGUGAUAUUUCCAACGAGGUGAGGCCGACCGAGGUCGCUGAGCCGUGGGUGGACUGUCUACUGGAGGAGUACUUCAUGCAGAGUGACAGGGAGAAGUCCGAGGGUCUCCCGGUGGCUCCUUUCAUGGACAGAGAUAAAGUCACCAAACCCACAGCUCAGAUUGGCUUCAUCAAGUUUGUCCUCAUCCCAAUGUUUGAGACUGUCAUGAAGCUUUUUCCACAGAUCGAAGAAAUUAUGGUUCAGCCUUUGAGGGACUCUCGUGAUCACUAUGAAGAGCUGAAGCAGAUCGAUGAUGCUAUGACAGAGGGAUCUUUUGUGAUCAAAUUCAGGAAAGACUUUGACAAACACGAGUGAACCUGCAGUGAAGACGUGAAGAUGACAGACGGAGCAGGAGGGCAAGAAAUGAAAGGCUGCUUGGCUACAUACUGAACUAAACUUAGACAUCAUGGUGGCAUAUCUUGACCUUUUGACCUUUGACUUAGACAUUUGCACUGAAUGUUACAGAAAGGGGCCUGCUGACUUCUCUGUGUA